AUGGGUUGUAGUUCUACUAAAGGAAAAAGAAAGGGUUCAUUAUCUAUUCCAAAAACUAGUAUAUUGAAAAAGCCGAGCCCACUUCAUUAAUUUUAAUAAGAAAUAGUUAAUACUAAAAAGAAGACUCUCAGUUUUUAAAUGUUAUCAAUAAAUUCACAAGAAAUACAUAGAAAAAGUCUUUAUACAAGAUAGAUUAUUUCCGACUGA